ACAUUGUGCUGCUCCGUAUAUAAACAACUGACAACUAAAUAAAAAAAUUAGUUCCACCAAACAAGUUUGUUGUCAAAUCGGGAGCCGGCCGGCAGAAAAUUUUCCCAGUUUUGCGUUUAUCUGCGAGUGUUUCGUCUGCUAUUUGCUUCGAUAAAAUAAUUUGGAAAAAUUAUAAAAAUGGCAAAUCCACAUGAAGAACCUAAAUAUACGAAGCUUUUUAUCAACAAUGAAUUUGUUGAUGCCAAGUCCGGGAAGACUUUUCCAACGGUAAAUCCAGCUACCGGUAAAGUUAUUGUCGAAGUCGCCGAGGGUGAUAAGGCCGAUGUUGAUUUAGCAGUUGCUGCUGCCAAAAAGGCUUUCCAUAGGAAUUCGGAAUGGCGCAAAAUGGCUCCUUUGAAACGUACUGAAUUAAUGCUAAGACUAUGUGAUUUAAUGGAACGUGAUAAGGUAUUCCUGGCCAACAUUGAAACUCGCGAUAAUGGCAAACCUUAUGCUGAAGCUUUGUUCGAUGUAGAGAUUUCAAUUAUGACAUUGAAAUAUUAUGCCGGUUGGACUGACAAAUUCUUUGGAGAUACCAUUCCAGCUGGUGGAUUCAUUUCUAUGACCCGCAAGGAACCAAUCGGUGUUGUUGGACAAAUUAUUCCAUGGAAUUAUCCACUUUUGAUGUUGUCAUGGAAAUGGGGUCCAGCAUUGGCUGUUGGUUGUACAAUUGUUAUGAAACCCGCCGAGCAAACACCAUUGUCCGCACUGCAUAUGGCUGCCCUGGCCAAGGAGGCUGGUUUUCCAGCUGGUGUUAUAAACGUUAUUACCGGUUAUGGUCCCACCGCAGGUGCUGCCAUAUCUGAACAUCCUGACAUUCAAAAGGUCGCAUUUACUGGCUCCGUUGAUGUUGGUCGCAUUGUUAUGGAAGCUGCUGCUAAAUCCAAUCUUAAACGUGUUUCCUUGGAAUUGGGCGGUAAAAGUCCAGUGGUGGUGUUCGACGAUGCCGAUAUUGAUUUGGCUGUGGAAAUAACCUUUGAAGCCUUGUUUGCCAACCAUGGCCAAAGUUGCUGUGCCGGUAGUCGCACCUAUGUCCAUGAAAAGAUUUACGAUCAAUUUGUUGCCAAGACUGUUGCCAAAGCUAAAGCUCGUAAAGUAGGUGAUCCUUUUGAUUCGACUGUUGCCCAAGGUCCACAAAUUGACGAAGAGAUGAUGACCAAAGUUUUGGGUUAUAUUGAAAGUGGCAAAUCCGAUGGUGCCAAGCUUCAGUGUGGCGGUAAACGUAUCGGUGAUAUUGGUUUCUUUAUUGAACCGACAGUCUUUUCGGAUGUUACUGAUAACAUGAAGAUUGCCCAAGAGGAAAUCUUUGGCCCAGUUCAGUCCAUUUUCAAAUUUAGCAACAUUGAAGAGAUGAUUGACCGUGCUAAUAAUGUCAAAUAUGGCUUGGCCGCUGGCAUUAUUACCAAUGACAUUAACAAGGCGAUGUAUUUCGCCAAUAAUGUUGAUGCCGGCUCCGUUUGGAUAAAUUGCUAUGAUGCUGUUUUGCCACAAACACCAUUUGGCGGUUAUAAACACUCCGGCAUUGGACGCGAAUUAGGAAAAGAUGGUUUGGAUAAUUAUUUGGAAACUAAAACCAUUACCAUGAAAUUGGUAUAAAAUGUGAUACUUUAGAGUCACUCAUUCAAUCGCCUUAACUUCAUAACCGUUGAACGGUAAAGUACUGCAAACAAAUUUGCCCUGUGAAUUAAAAAGAUAAUCCCUUUUGUUUUGGUAAAAAUAUUAUUCUUAUUAAUGUCACACAGUGUUGUUAAACAUACGUACAUUCAUAUAUAAAAAAGGAAAGAAAGGAGAAGAUGCAUAUACACAUAGACAUACAUAUGUUGCACAAUUUCAUACAUUCUAAAGGAAAUGUAAUAAAUCUAAAAUUAAAAAUUAUAAAUACA